AUGGAAGUUGCAAACGUAAACUCUCGGAAGAACAUGGGGAGACAGAAGAUCGAAAUAAGAAAAAUUGAGAAGAAAAACUCCUUGUUGGUCACCUUCUCCAAGCGUCGAACUGGUCUCUUCAAGAAGGCCGGCGAGCUCUGCGUUCUGUGCGGUGUUGAGGCCGCCGUCAUCGUCUUCUCUCCGGGCGGGAGGGCCUUCGUCUUCGGUCACCCCACCGCGGACGCUGUCAUCGAUCGUUUCCUCGGGAGCGACACCGGCACCAUCUCACGUGCGGUUGUUCCAGCGGAACAAGUGGUGCAUGGGCAGGUUCAGAGGCAAUACUUGGAGCCUGUGGGGAGGGCGGAAGUGAAGAAGGAGGAGGAUGGGUUUUGGUGGGACGCGCCCAUUGAGAACAUGGGGUUGAAUGAACUGGAGCAGUUCAAGGGUUCCCUUGAGAAGCUGCGGAAGAAGGUGGCGGAUCGAGUGGAGGAGAUGACCUUGAUGAUGGUGAUGGAAAGCGAGAGCGGUGCCGGUCCUUCGUCCACUACCAUGGUUGAAUAUGCAGCGCCACCCCAGGAGUAUAAUUCUUCUGCUGUUCUCCAUGCCCGUGAUUUGGCUGCUCAUAGUCAUAGCCAAGCUGUUCCUCAGGGUUUCGAUUUUGGGUUCGGUUUCGAUGAGCCCCGUUUCUGGUGA